UUAAUAUCUAAACGAUUAUAACUAAUGUAAUAUCAAUGGCAGUGUUGUUAUAAUACAUUACACACACAGUGUAUACAUACAGUGUAUUGUAUUGUUAUUGUGCUGACUGUCUGACAAUAUAUACAGUAAGGUAUUGUCACAACAUAUCCGACAAAUGUAUGGAUCAAUUGAUCGACAACUGACCAACUGAUUGAUCGUCUCUCGGCAGCAGAAAAAAGACUAUAACCAUAAGCAAGAAGAAGAAGAAGAAAAAAAAGUGGUCACUUGAAUAAAUCUAUUGAUGAUUUUAGAGCAAAGUGAAUCGGUGGCCGCCGUCCCGAUCAGCAGCAACAUCCCGAUGUCCAACUGGUUUUACGAUAAAAAUGAAUUACGACGGACGCCAUCACUCGGCGACGGCAUACCAUCGGAUACUGAACAACGAUACCGACGGGAAGGUUCGCGUUUUAUAUUGAAAGUCGGUACUGCCAUGAAACUCGGCCACGACACAAUGGCCACCGGUGUUGUCUACUUUCAUCGAUUCUAUAUGCACCAUUCGUUCAAAUCGUUUCCCCGAUAUGUUACCGCUUCGUGCUGUCUGUUUCUGGCCGGUAAAGUCGAAGAGACACCGAAAAAAUGCAAAGACAUUAUCAAAACGGCUCGUACACUGUUAACUGACCAUCAGUUCAAUACGUUUGGUGACGAUCCGAAAGAGGAGGUCCUAACGUUAGAACGUAUUGUAUUGCAGACAAUCCGAUUUGAUCUACAAGUGGAUCAUCCGUACGAAUAUCUGCUGAAGUACGCCAAAUGUCUUAAGGGUGAUAAAGAUAAGCUCAAUAAGAUGGUUCAGAUGGCCUGGACUUUCAUCAAUGAUAGCUUAAGUACAACCAUUUGUCUUCAGUGGGAACCCGAGAUAAUAGCCAUAGCGCUAAUGUUUUUGGCCGGAAAACUGUCGAAAUUUGAAGUAAGCGAUUGGGAGACACGACUGGCCCAUCAUAAGAACUGGUGGGAUAUGUUUGUCGAAGAUAUCAAUAUCGAUGUUUUAGAAGAUAUUUGCCAUCAAGUGCUGGAUCUCUAUUCGACACCAUUACCCGAUACACCUCAAGAUUCGCCGCCAAAUAGUCCGGCGCCGACCUCACAAAAGUCAGGGUCAACACCGACACCUACAUCGACAACGCCUGCCAUUAUUGCAGGCAAUAACAAUCCAUUGGCUGCACCUAUCAAUGUACCAUCAGUGGUCACACAUGGAAUACCUCCUGGAGUGGCACCGCCUCCACCACCACCAUUACAACUACAUCCUUCUGUGGCGGCGGCUCAGCCUCUGCCAUCACUUCAGGGCAAUGCAGUCGUCAAUAAACCGCAGCCGCCAAUGUUCGGGUCGCAGAAUCAGUCACAGAAUCGCUAUCGAUAUCCGCCACCCAUUGGACAGCCGCCGAUUCUUCCGCCACCGCCGCCAGUUCCACCGACACCUCCCUCAUGGGAUCAGUAUUAUCAAUAUCCGGGAUAUUCUGGCGGACCGCAAGCACCGCCCGGUGUCCACUCGUCUCUACCGCCUCCACCAGUUAACAUUGGACAGCCGCCACCAUUGCACUCAAUGCACGGAUCGGCCGCUGCUGCUGCUGCCGCCCAUAUGGCCGCAGUCGGUGUGAUGCCACCGGUACCGCCAGUGCCGCCCGCUCAUCUAGCCCAGGCCAUGUCAGCGAUUCCACCACAUUUGACGGCACCACCGCCUCCGCCGCCCACACUUAUACCCGUAAUGACUGCCGGCGGCGGCAAUCAAUCGGCCGCCCACUUUGCAAAUCAACCGCAUAAAAACUUUUGACGACAUCAACCAACCAACCAAACUGAUCGAUGCAAUCAUUCAUGACUUACUUAUACCUACACUACAUUUGUACAGUACAUACAGUAUAUGAUAGGGAACGACAUCUAUAUAAACAUACCAGUGCUCUAAACACGAUGUUUUAAUAUCAACAACAUGUGAAUCAAGCCUAUCCAUCAAAAUCCAGUGAAGGUAUUGAACAUAUAUAUUGAAUAUCAUAUAUAAAUGAUAUGCUAUACGAUAUGAUAUGAUAUCUCUAUAGUAAUUAUUAAUUAAAAAAACAUUUGCCCAUAAAAUUUAAAUC